AUGAUGUUGUCUGAAGUAAUAGAGAGAGAACUCGAAUUAACAGGGGGUAUUUUAUUCGGAAGAGAAACCAUUGUUUACAGAGGAAGUUACAAUGGAAACAAUUUUCUUGGUAAAAAUUCGAGCGAUGAAGAGCCAGAUCAAAGAGGGUAUUGGCCAGUAGAGCGGUGGAUUCUGUCAUUAGUUGAAGCUCAAAAUCCUGUCAAAUUGACUGGCGAAGGGCUCACAAAAGUUCAAGGAUAUGAUUUCUCCUUUCUCGAUGCAGUGAAUGCUUGCGAAGAGCGAUUACUUGGAACUUUCAGAGAUUCUUGGCCUUUGAUAAAAGUUCUUGAUAUCGGAGGAAAAUUAACACAGACAAGUUUCGGAACAAAUGAGAUACCUCCUAUUCCUGCACAUAUCCACGCUGGCUGCACAAAAGACCGGAACAAUCAAAUUUCCUGCGGAAAAGCAGAAGCACAGUUCUUUCCAUUUAUUCCCAAAGAUUCUUCGCCAAUAACGCGAAUGGGCUUCAAGAAAGAAGUUUCAAAGGAGAUGCUUUUGGAAGCAAUGAACGAAUUCGGGAAAAGUGACGCGUUGUACAAUCUUAUGAACGAAUACGAAGUCAAAGAAGGUGAAUGCUGGAUGGUCAGGCCCGGAUUCGUGCACGCUCCGGGACCAGUGUUGACUAUAGAAAUCCAGAGACCCCAAGACGAUUUCAACUUUUUGGCCUGGAAACUCGGCGAAAGAAUCAAUGCUGAUCAAUUAGUCUCGAUGAAAAACGACAAUCAGCUUCGUGGGCUUCAGAACGUUGAAGAGUUUGUCGACCGCUGUAUUGAUUGGGAGAUGAAUGUGGAUCCGAAAUCGGAAACGAUUUGGAAAACAAACAAACGCGUUUUCAAGCACACUGAAAGUUUUGAAAUGUCCAAAAUAUUCCACGACAUGUUUGACGGCGAAGAGUGGCUUAUAAAGAAGGGUAAAAAUCUAUAUUACGAAAACGACUGUAGCCCUAAAGGAAUCGGUGACUUUCAUAAUUCUUAG